AUGUCGACAAGAUACUCCCUCCGGCAAACACCUAGGAAAAAGGAGCUCUUCAGUGGCAUGGUCGAGACACCGGCGACGCGCUCACGAUCCCGCAAAUCUCUCUUCCCCGUCGAGGACUCCGACGCCGAGGCCGACUCCAACUCUGCCGCCGAAAGCACCGCCGAAAGCACCGCCAAGUCGUCCACGUCUGCUGCUGCCCGCCACCGUUCUCCCAAGUUUGUUGAGCACAUCGACGAGACCGACGCGGCCGGUCACGGCAAGGACGCGAUCGAGCACCAGAACGGCGAUUUGAACGGAAAGACGAACGGCUUCGCCUCCAGCCGCGAAUCGAAGCCCGCCAUGGCGCCGUCCAAGACCAACGGCCGCCCCAUGGCGAUCAAUGGCAAGGCCACCGACGCCGAACCCAUGAUCAAGACGGAGCACGCCGUCGAUGGCUGGAAGCCCAGCGCUGAUCACCGCGUCGACUACUCCACGCACAAGGAGUUUGGUGGCUCCCUGGGCGUGUCUGCCAUGAUGAUCUGCUUCCCCUUGCUGAUGUGGUACAUGUGGAUUGGCGCCACGUACUACAACGGCAAGCUUCCCCUGCCGGCCGAGGACGAGUCGAUGGAGGACUUUGCGCGCCAUCUGAUCGACCUGAUGUACACUGGUGCCUUCCCCUCGCUCAAGGCCUGGGCCAUGUACUGGACGUUCCUCAUCUUUGAGGGCUUCUGCUACUGCCUCAUGCCCGGCAUCUGGGGCUACGGUAAGCCGCUGCCGCACCUCAACGGCAAGCAGCUGCCCUACUACUGCUCGGCCUACACCAGCUUCUACGCAACCAUUGCCAUUGCGUUUGCCCUGCACGUCUCUGGUCUCUUCCCGCUGUACACGCUUAUUGACGAGUUUGGCCCUCUUUUGAGCGUUGCUAUCAUCUCUGGCUUCCUGGUCAGCAUUGUUGCGUACUUCUCGGCUCUGAUCCGUGGCGCCCAGCACCGCAUGACCGGUGCGCCUCUCUACGACUUCUUCAUGGGUGCUGAGCUCAACCCCCGCAUGUUCGGCAUCCUCGACUUCAAGAUGUUCUUUGAGGUACGCCUGCCCUGGUACAUCCUGUUCCUGCUGUCGUGCGGUGUCGCUGCACGCCAGCUCGAGAACUACGGCUACAUUACUGGCGAGAUAGGCUUCCUCGUCAUGGCCCACUUCCUCUACGCCAAUGCCUGCUCCAAGGGCGAGGAGCUCAUCAUCACGACCUGGGACAUGUACUACGAGAAGUGGGGUUUCAUGCUCAUCUUCUGGAACCUCGCUGGUGUGCCGCUCUCCUACUGCCACUGCACCCUGUACAUUGCCAACCACGAGCCAUCCGAGUACCAGUGGAGCAAGCCCGCCCUCGUCGUUCUGUACAUAUCGUACCUCUUCGUCUACUGGGUCUGGGACAGCUGCAACAGCCAGAAGAACCGCUUCCGCUCUGCCGAGCGCGGUACGCUCGUCGUCCGCCGCACGUUCCCCCAGGUGCCGUGGCAGACGCUCAAGAACCCCAAGACCAUCAAGACGAACACGGGCGACGACAUUCUGGCCGACGGCUGGUAUGGUCUGGCCCGCAAGCUGCACUACACGUGUGAUGUCUUCUUUGCCGUCUCGUGGGGCCUGAUCUGUGGCUUCAAGAGCCCGUUCCCGUGGUUCUACCCCGUCUUCUUCUGCCUCAUGAUCUCGCACCGUGCCCUCCGUGACAUCCAGCGGUGCCGUCUCAAGUACGGCGAUGCCUGGACCGAGUACGAGAAGCGCGUCCCGUACCUAUUUAUUCCUUACGUCAUCUAG